CAAUUAAUAUUACAAAUUCGAUGAUACGAAAGGAAAUAUAAAAUUAGAGCGAUUUAGAUAUGCAAAUUUGAAGGCGGCGGCCCCACCGAAAGACUCGCGUAUAUAUUCCAGGUGGCUCUUCCAUGAAGUCGUCAGACACAUAGCCAAAAUGUACUCUCUCGAAGUUCUAUCGUGUGUUUUCCUCAGUUUCUUUCUAAGUAUCGAAGGUAUUCAAAUAAUUUGGGACAAUGAUGCAAAAGUUAACUACAACGACAUAGACUUUGCAAGAAAGGAAGAGGUUCGGAUGCCGAAUUGGCUCUUCAUCUAUCCAGGAACCAAAUGGUGUGGUGCCGGUAAUGUUGCAAUGAAUUUCGACGACUUGGGCGAUUUCGCACGAACAGACAAGUGUUGCAGAGCACACGACAACUGUGACGAUUCAAUUGAAGGCUACCAAACCAAUCACAACCUGACCAAUACAGGCUUCUAUAGCAAAUUGAGUUGCGGCUGCGACGAGAAAUUCUUCCAAUGCCUAAAGUCGGUAAACACGCGUGAUUCUAAGAUCAUAGGUGGCAUUUACUUCAACGCCUUGGGAACGCAAUGCUUCAAAAGCGAUUAUCCCAUCAAGAAAUGUACCAAACAAGUCUACUUCCCAUCCAAGAAAUGCGUCAAGUACGAACUGGACGUUACCCAAGAAAAAGUUUACCAGUGGUUCGAUAUUCCUAUAUUUUAAGUAACAAGCAAC